GUACAGGAGAGAAACAAAAACAGUCUUAGUUACUGCAAGCUAAAAUGGAGAAGAGAGGGGUUCAGUUAGACCAAGAGAGCUUAUCUUGCUCCAUUUGCUUGGAUCUGCUGAAUGAUCCAGUGACUAUUCCAUGUGGACACAGCUACUGUAUGGACUGUAUCAAAGACCACUGGGAUGUAGAGGAUCUGAGGAGAAUACACAGCUGUCCUCAGUGCAGGAAAGAAUUCAUUCCGAGGCCUGGACUGGAGAAAAACAUCAUGUUGGCUGCUUUGGUAGAGGAUCUGAAAAAAACAGGAAUUCUUGCUGCUGCAGCUGAUCACUGCUAUGCUGGACCUAAAGAUGUUGCCUGUGAUGUGUGCACUGGGAGGAAGAUGAAAGCUGUUAAGUCCUGUUUAUCCUGCCCUGCUUCCUACUGUGAGAAUCACCUACAGCCUCACUAUGAUGUCCCUGGACUGAAGAAGCACAAGCUGGUGGACCCCACAAUGAAGCUCCAGGAGAACAUCUGCUCCCAUCAUGAUGAGGUGAUGAAGAUAUUCUGUCGUACUGAUCAGCAGUGUAUCUGUUAUCUCUGCUUAAUGGAUGAACAUAAAGGCCAUGAAACAGUCCCAGCUGCAGCAGAAAGGACUGAGAAGCAGAAGGAGCUCCAGGAGAGACGACAACAAAUCCAGCAGAGAAUCCAGGAGCAGGAGAAAGAUGUGAAGCUGCUUCAACAGGAGGUGGAGGCCAUCAAUGGCUCUGCUGAUAAAGCAGUGGAGGACAGUGAGAAGAUCUUCACUGAUCUGAUCUGCAAGAUCCAGAAAAGAAGCUCUGAUGUGAAGCAGCAGAUCAGAUCCCAGCAGGGAACUGAAGUGAGUCGAGUUAAAAAGCUUCAGGAGAAGCUAGAGCAGGAGAUCACUGAGCUGAAGAGAAAGGAAGCUGAGCUGCAGCAGCUCCUAAAAACAGAGGAUCACACCCAGUUUCUCAAGAACUACCCCUCAUUGUCAGCACUCAGUGAGUCUACACACUCAUCCAGCAUCAAUAUCCGUCCUCUGAGAUACUUUGAGGAUGUGACAGCAGCUGUGUCAGAGCUCAGAGAGAAACUAGAGGACAUCCUGAGAGACACAGGGACAAACAUCUCACUUACUGUCAGUAAGGUGGAUGUUCUGAAGUCAGGACCAGAACGCAAUAAUAGAGCUGGUUUCCUAUUAUAUUCACAAGAAAUCACUCUAGAUCCAAACACUGCAUACAAAUAUCUAUUAAUAUCCGAGGGGAACAGAAAGGUAACAUCAGUGAAACUGAAACAGUCUUAUCCUUAUCAUCCACACAGGUUUAAUGAUCACAAUCAGGUCCUGAGUAGAGAGAGUCUGACUGGGCGCUGUUACUGGGAGGUAAAGUGGGGAGGAGGAGGAAUUGAUGUGGCAGUCUUAUAUAAGAAUAUCAGCAGAGAAGGAAGAUUGGAUGAAUGUGAAUUUGGGGCCAAUGACAAAUCCUGGUCAUUAGAUUGUGACACAAACAGUUACACAGUCUGGCACAACAACGUUAAAACUCCAGUAUCAGGUCCAGUUUCCUCCAGAAUAGGAGUGUAUCUGGAUCACAGUGCAGGUAUUCUGUCUUUCUACAGCGUCUCUGAAACACUGACUCUCCUGCACCGUUUCCAGACCAAAUUCACUCAGCCUCUAUAUGCUGGGAUUGGAGUUUAUGUUGGAUCCUUUGCUGAAGUUGUUGAACUAAAUUAGUGUAAAUUGAGCUGAGGUCCAGUAGGUUAUAAUGCAUAUUUAGUUCCAGUUUUGGACUCCACCAUGUCUGGGAUUUUAUCUUUGCAUAACUUCCUGAUUGCUCAUAUAUCAACUGUCUUCAUAGCUACUCUACUUACUUUGCUGUUUUGGUGAUAUUACAUUUUCUUUGGGUGUUGUCUCUUUCUAUUUAUAAUCAUUGCUCUGGAGUAUCUCUAUUGCCCCAGGGUUUAUAAAAGGGGGCAGGAACAUUCCCUAGGGUAUGUUUAGUGGAUAAUAGGGAGAGCCGCCAGCAAUAUUUGCUGAAGGCAGGCAGCAGAUACAAAAUACAUUAUGUUGAAAAUUUUUUCCAAAGAUCAUUACAAAAAACAUUAAAACAUGGAUACCCUUGCAACUAUGCCAAUUUUAACUAUUGUUAGUGUUUCUGAUAAUUUGUUCUGGUGUUACUUGGAGAGCUGUACACAAGGGUGUACACAAGAGCUGUACACAAGGGUGUUAUAUAAUUUAACGAAGAAGUAAAAUACAGAAUCUAUAGUCAACAAAUGAUCAACAAGAAACUCAGGAACCAAAGAACUAGGAGACACCAGGGAGAAAUAAACCUAAGAAAAGAUGGGGAUCCAGCAAUGAUUAACUGAAAAGGAGGUGUAUAUAUGGGAAACAGAAACAAUGGGAGGACUAAUUAGCUGAUAUGGAGCAGGUGUAGACAGCAGUAAUUAGAAGGAGCUAAAGGCAAAGGAAAGGGGAAAGUAAAGGAUAUGACCUGGAGUACAGUCGGUCAUCAUGAACUUUGUGGACUGGUGUGAGAAGAACCACCGAUGUCUUAACCCCAGUAAGACUAAAGAGAUUGUGAUCGAGAAGACCUCCACCU